AGUACAUCAAGAGAAUUGCAAGUAAAAGGACAUAAAUCCUCAAAACAAAAUAGAACCAAUUUCACAAAACUGAUUCAUAACACCAAUGAUAUCCUACAUUGAAUACACAAAAAAAAACAAAUAAAACACACUGAGUCAAGAGAAAUAAAAUCAUACGAACGUAGCGCGUGCAUAUAAAAUUUUUCAUGAACUUGCAUUCUAUCAGUUUUCAGCUUAUUGAUUGAUUUAAUUUGGUUUUUUUUUCUGUUAAUUAAAAGAUGUGAAUAACUGUGUUAAAUGGAAUAAUAAUUAAAAAAAAACAAUAAGUUUUUUUUUCAUAAAACUACAGCACAAAGAAGAAGUUUUAAAAAAAAUUGCAUUGAGGCAAGAACACAACCAAACAAACACAUACAUACACAUUUCUAUGUGAAAAGAAGAAAUAUACCUCGAAAUAAUAAUAGAGACCAGCACACGACAGUAAAUUAAAGUCUUGUGAGGUUUGGUUUUGUUUGUUUGUUUGUUUGUUUGUGACGUGACGUGACGUGACGUGACAUUACUCUGUGUGCUUUUGUUACAGUUGUAAGCAGGAAAUAAGUGUAAAAGCACAUAAAAGACUCUCUUUGUAUGUCUCUCACACGCAAAGUGAACAUAGAUAUUUUUUUUCCUCAUUGAACUUCCUGUUGCCAAUUGACACUCAAAACGAAUACAAAAGAGAAAGAAGAAGAAGAGGACGACGGCAGAAGCGGCUACACAGCAUAACAUCAACAACAAGAGGAACAUACAGUGAAACAGGCCGAAUGGUAACGCAGACAUUAUAAAUUGUGUAAAAUCGCAAACAAUCCAGGAAAUAUGAUGACAGCGCCACACUUUUUCGGGAAUUCAUAUCCUGCAUAUCAUAGACCAUCAAUUGAUAGUCUACAAGCGAGAGAGAGUCCAUUAGAUUUGCAAAUAAGUAGCAAACAACGGAAUUGUGAAUCGCAACCAUUACCAAUACCAACACCAUCCCCAUCAACAUCGCCCAGAUAUACCGGUAAUCAAACCUCAAUGGAUCAGCAAUUUUUUUGUCUACGUUGGAACAAUCAUCCCGCAAACUUGACUGGGGUGCUAUCUUCAUUGUUACAACGCGAAGCUCUUUGUGAUGUUACACUAGCUUGUGAUGGUAAAACAGUGAAGGCACAUCAAACAAUUUUGUCAGCAUGCAGUCCAUAUUUUGAAACAAUAUUUCUCCAGAACAAUCAUGCCCACCCUAUAAUCUACCUAAAGGAUAUACGAUACUCAGAAAUCCGUUCGUUGUUAGAUUUUAUGUAUAAGGGUGAAGUGAAUGUCGGACAGAAUUGUUUGCCAUCAUUUUUAAAAACAGCUGAAAGUCUACAGGUACGCGGAUUGACAGAUAACAAUGCGCUGAACUAUCGUCCGGAGACUGACAAAGAUCGCACUGAUGCCAUAGAAAAAUUGACAACCAGCUCGGGUAAAAGCUUCUUUGAACGAAAAACGGAUGCCGAACACGGUGGUGCAGAUAAUGAAAGUAAUCGAGAUCCAAAAGAAAGACGAAUUGAAGAUAAUAUUACGAUACAGGAUUUUAAAGAAUUUAAAGAUCGUGAAAGAGAUACAUCGACCACUCACGCAGACCAUAGUAGUAAUAAACGGAGACGAAAAAACUCAUCAAACUGUGAUAAUUCUUUAAUAUCAACGUACAAUACUAAUAUACAGGAAAGGCAUUACUCUCAGGACUCUCAGGCAUCUUCGCAAAGUAGCUUUAAAUUAAGUCCUUUGCCAAAACUGAAUCAAGAAGCUGACGAAAGCCGUCGCAAUUCACCAGCAAAUCAACAACAGUCGGUACUCAAUAUUAAGCAGGAACUACUGGAAAUGGGAACACAUGCCAAUUUGCCACAGGAACUUAUUCCCCCCACUUCGUUGCCAAUUGAAACGUUGAUGUCGUCGCAUAACAGUAAUUUACCGAUAUCCGAGAACACGGAAAAUGAUACGCAAUUAACUCAGCUGGACCAUCCCGACAGUAUUGACGGAUCAGGUGGACCACUGCCUCAUGAUGUACUAUCGUCUGGCUUCCUACAACAUUCACAUGAUCAUCCGUUACAUCGCAGCAGCAGUAAUAUUAGUAAUCAUCAUGCAAUGUCAUAUCACAAUAUGUUCACGCCAUCACGCGAUCCGGGCACAAUGUGGAGAUGUCGAUCGUGUGGCAAAGAAGUCACAAAUCGUUGGCAUCAUUUUCAUUCCCACACCGCACAACGGUCAAUGUGUCCAUAUUGCCCGGCAACAUACAGUCGUAUCGAUACAUUGCGCUCACACUUGCGGGCCAAGCAUCCAGAGCGAUUUUUCAAACACUAGACCGACCAAUCGACCGGAGAGUGUAUGAGCGAUGGCUAGAGAGCGAGAGCGAGAUGUGAAAGAACAAAAAAAAAAAAUAAAUAAGCGAAGUAGCCAGAACACACAGACAGAAACAGACAUACAACGGAAUUUAAUAAAAUGAAAGCAUGCGUUUUUUUAUCCAUUCUUUGUAAUGUUUGUGUUUCGAUAUUUUUGUGCAAAACAACAGCUAUAAAGAAAGUGAGGAACACCAUCAACAGCAGUAACAGCAGCAAAAAACAACAACACAAAAAAUCAUCUUGUACGUAUCGAAUUAAAAGUAGGAUUUCGUUAUGUUUUAAACAUUAAGCAAACUGAUUUAUGGCGAAUUGUGAAAAUGUCGUAAACACAUGACACUGGGUGACGCACACAGAACCGAGUGAGAAAAAAAAAUACAUCCCAAAAUGGAAUAAAAAGGAAUAGAAUUUAUACAGCUAUGAGAUUCGGCGCCCACUAUCUUGUACGACGCAGCCGUGCGUUCACAUUUCCAAGCGCUUGAACUAUUCUCUGUUCAUUUUCCACACAACAGACAUACAUAAACCCUUCCAGAAAAUGUGGGGCAUACACAGAAAAACAAAAAAAAAAUAUCGGCCAUAAAAAAAUAUAUCUCGUAUUCAUUUCCACACCAAGUGUAAGCUUUUCCUUUCUUCUUAUGUUCAUAUCUCUUCUAUUCCCCUUCCAAUCAUUGAUCUGAAAUAGAUUUCAGUCGGCCAACGCAAAACUACAUAAUGUACUAGCCGAUUUGGAUCAUGGUUACACUGCCAAAAUGGUAUUACAAUCUUGAGUAUAAAGACGAAAAAACAAAAUGGACACAAAUUUGGUAUUUAGAAGGGUAAAUGAGUGUGAAAGCAGGUUUCAAUCAUAUAUUAUACUAUACAAGUUUUUAUUGAACGAAAAGGAAAAAUUAAAAUUAAAAUUAAAUAGUCAGUGUUUAGUCAAAGAUCUUUAACAAUGAAACGAUGUCAAAUGUGUAUAGAUUUCAAAUGUAAAUGUUUUGUAAUUAAGAAUGCGUCCAAUUUGCAAUAGAAUGCAAUGAAUUUAAGCCAAAUACAAAUGAAUUUAAAAAAAAAACACUAAUAAAACGAGUAACAAUAGAAGCAGAUACAAAUCACAUAAGAACAUUUCGUGGAAUCAAUUAACUUGCCGAAAUAUCGCGUUUUUCAUUUCGAAACUCUUUGCAUGAAGAGUGCAGCAUGUCAUAUUUGGUUUUAUUCAAAAUUCCACGCAAGACCGCAUUGAAUUAAUGAUUUUGUCCAUAAACAAAAUGAUUUAGCUUUUUUCUCUGUUCAUCAACCAAAUGAAUUCACACAUGGAAAAUGAAUUUAAAUUGCAGAAAAAGAGGACGAAAAAAAAAUGGACAAAAAACUAUUUUUGGUUCGAGAAACCAUUUUUAUUUUCUCUCUCUCUCUAUGAAAUUUCAACUCAAGUUGUGUGAUAUUGUUAGCACAUGCAAUUCGUUUGGCCUCAUUGGUUUAAACUUCGUUUUUAAAGAUAAUUUUAAAAUGUCACCUGACCGAGUGUAGUGAAACCAACAAAACAUAAGCUAUAUGCGGUUAGUAGCGCAAAACUUUUUCCAUGGACUGCUGUAGAUUGAACAAAUUUCGAAAUCAAUUUGUUGUGCAUUUUUCCCCCCAUAUCUGUUCUUCAUUGUUAAGUGCUCAUUGAGAUGUUGCCAUCGAAACGUAUGUUCAAUUGACAUCACAAUGAAAAAAAAAAUUAGCACAACGGUGUUAUGAACAGAGAAAUAAAUGAUUCCAUAAACGAAAUAAAAGCCUAUAGAUGGAAAAGGAAACCAAACAAACACUAAUAUACGAAUUUAAUGGACAUGCAAAAGAAAAUACGUGUAAAAUAAACUCUAGUGCAAAGAACUUUUUUUUUCUAUGUUCUGUAACAUCAGUUUUUGAAGGGAUGAAGAAAAAAAAUGGUAAAAAAAAAAUAUUGUCAACUCAUUGCUGUGUUAAAAACAAAAAUAAAACAAUCUUUUCCCACUUCAACAACUCUAAACACACUCACACACAUAAGAAGAAGAAAAAUGUAAACAUUUAUAAAUGUGGUAAAUGAGGAUCCGAUCAUAUUGGAUUCUACACAGUGUCUGUCUACCAGACACUUUAGCUAUUUUAUUUUAUUUCAUUUUAGUAUUGUAAUCGUCUUUUUGAUGUGCUUCAUCAUUGAAACACACACACACACACUAAUUGAAGAAAAAACAAGAAAAAGAAGAGGAAGAAAAAAAAAUUAUAUUUGAAACAUAAGCAGCUUAAAAGUCAAUUUAUCGAACUUACUCGCUGAAUGAUCGAGAACUAGGAUCUAUUCGUUCAAUGCACACACACACAGACACAAUAUGUAUUGACAAGAAAUAUAUAUUGAAGGAAAAAAAACACACACUCUAAUUUCUACUUUAAAUGCUUUAUAAUGCCUUGAAAAGAAUUGUGAAUACUAUUUUAUGUGCUUUUGUUAUUUUACGGGUGCCAUAAGUUUUAAGACGAAAAAAAAGUAAACAACAACCAGUCAAAAAAAAAAAUGAAAAAGAAAAAAAUUAAGCGAAAACAAUAUGAAGAGAAAAAAAGAGCAUUUUUUUUAUUUUGCAAAAAUUUCCUUUGCAAACGAGAUGACGACGACGACGACGACAACAAAAAGAAGAAUUAUAUAUUUUUUCACGAUAUUUGGAAAAUAUUUCAAUUUGUUUUCAAGUGAAUAAUAUUAGUAGAAAACGUUUGUAUCUUUUUUAACCAUUUGAACGAAAAAGACGUUGUUUUGUGUUAUGUUUAAAUUUUAAUUUUUGUCAAAAUAAAUAAAAGAAAGAUAAGAAGAAGAUGAAAUGAUGAAAUCGAAAACAAUAAUUCCUUGUAGAGUUGCAACCGGCAAAGUAAAUCGCAAAUUGUUGUUUGCUAAACCGUUUUAUUGUGUAUUGUGCAUUUAAAUUAAAAAAAAAACUAUAUAAUAAUCACUGUCGGCAAUUCUAGCUGAAUCGAAUACACAAGUAAAAAAAAAACCAGAAUUAAUUAAUUUUACUCUCUCAACUCUUUUUUUUUUCAAUGAAUGAUAGAAAUAUUGAUAUAAAAAAAAUGAUAUGUGAUUCAUAGGGUUAUUAAUUCCCAAACUAACAGAGAUCGUGAUCGUAUUGUUAAAAAAAAGUGAAGAAGAAAAAGCGUUAAAUAAUAAAGAAAAUCGAAACUGAUUGAACAUAUUGAGUAGAAUUAUAAUUGUAACACACGCAUUAGUCACUGAGAGGUUUUUGUUCGUUGACAAAGCAAGUAGCAAAUACGAGGGCCAGCCAGAGGGCCCCUUUACAGCAAAUACGAGACUCGGUUAAAGCAAAUACGAGGCUCGGGUGAAAAUGAAACAAGUUGCAACAAACCAUUGACAUAUUGUUCAAACACGAAAGCGAUUUACAUUUCUCCGUUAAUCGUUCGAAAUUGAUGUUCAACCGCUCGUUUUAGUUCAACACUUACUCCAAUAUUUUCUAUUUUUUAGCAUCAUAUCCGUUUCUACGACUGGUUUUGCCAUGCAACAAACAUUUUCAACCAUUGCUGGUCGAUUUUCUUUGCCUUUUCUUACCUUAUGUUUGACGCAGCCGAGCAAAUAUUGACUUUUUCCACUUCUUUUCCUUGUCUUUCACACUCCUUCACAAACACACAAACACACUUACCAACUCACUGCUCGCUUACCAACUCACAGCCGUGUAGUUUUCCCUAAAACAAACGGUUUGGUUAAGACAUACUCGAACAAAGGAAAAAUUAAUUAUGUUAAGUGGCUUGAGGCCACCUGAUGUUGAUGGGUGAAAAACUUAUAAGCCCGAGAUAAAUGAGAUACAGUGUGAUUCAGCAGAAGGAGAGAGAAAAAAAUUACAGGCAUAGAUUAAGUUAUCAACUUUCCAGAACAUUGUAACUAUUUAUCUCUUGUUGUUGUUUUUCAACGCAUCAACUUGUUUCAUUUUCAAACGACCCUCGGGGAAAAAGAAACUAGUGUCCGCUAUUUGAUGUUGUGUUUUUUUUUCGCUUGAAAUUGCUACGCUUUGCUAAAUGAUAUGAUAAGCAUAUGUCAACACUAAAAUGGGAUACGAUAUGCAGUUGGUCUCUCUCUCUCUGCCCCCGCUCUCUCUCUCUCUCACUCGAUACACAGAAGUGAAUCGAAAGAAAAGAGAGAAAACUCAUUUAGAAGACAAAUGUGUACCGCUUUGCAGUAUGAUAUUCAGAAAAAAACACACGCACACUCAUUGAAACUGUGGAUAACUCGGUCACAUUUGAUUUCGAUUGACUGCAAUAUUGUCCAUCAAGAGCUGUAAACAACUUCGAUGCAUGAUUGAAUUUAUUUGCGGAAAGUUGUUGUUGUUUUUUUUAUGUUGUGUUUUUAUUUCCGAUAAAAAUUACAACAAGUGAAAAGUGUCCACAUAAAAAGCUCAUAUUUGAAUAUAUUUAUUAAUCGAGUGCGAUUUUCACUUCCAAGCAUCAUCCCACUCAAGGGUUGUCCCAAAAAUCAAUGGAUAUUGUUGAUGUAUAAUUUGUUUUUCCCCGAUUCCGAAUCGGGAUUAUUGGAUAUACGAGGAGCUCGUUGCAUAACCUAUCGAAAAUUUUCGUUCAUUUGAUGACAACUCAUAUAAAUAUGAUGACAAUCCUUUAUGGUUCAUUCGUUCAUUUAUUUGACAGUCGAAAACGAUGUAAACAACAAUAAAUUGUGCAAAUCUAUAUCAAGUGGUUUGCACCACUUCAGAAAUGUCAUUCAUUUUAAUGGGAAAUUAGUGUUCGGUCGGAAAAUUUCAAAAGUUGAUUGAUCUACAGCCCACAAUGCAUAUAUCCAAUAAAAUCGAUGGAAAUUAUGUUGAUGCGUGCGUGCGUGCUUGCGUGCAUGAUUCACUGUGAAAUCAUUGACCAUGCCGAAUAUGUGCUGCGACUCAUAUCAUUCUCGAAUCAAAUUCAGUGUAACUAAUGCUGUGUGGUUUUUCUUCUGUUUUAUUAAGGGGAAAAAAAACAAAGAUAAUAAUGACAACAUAAUAUGUGCGAGGAAAAAAAAAACAGAAUACAAAGAAGACGAAAAAAAAAAAAUUCUUAAUGGCCAUUAUAUUUUUACUCUCUUUUUUUUGUUUGUUUUAGUUUAACUUUCGAAUAUUCUCAUUUUAUAAAUACUAUUGUUUUUGUUUCACAAUUAAUUAAUAUAUUAUUAUUUGUAUUUUGUUGCUCAAACGUGUAUAUGUACAGAAACAAAGGAAGAAAAAAAAUAUGUGAAUAAUUAAUUGUAUUGAAAAUACUACAAUUUAGAAUUUAACUCAAUUUCUGCAAAGAAACUGACAUGAAAAACAAAUAUUACGGGUGUUUCUUCUUUUUUCUCUUGGAAUGCUAAAAUUAAUUAAUUAAAUUUAAAAAUAAAGUAAAAAAACAACAACACGUCAAUAAUAUUACAUAUAAUAAAGAAAAGAACAAGAAUUGUUGACACAUUUCUAGCAUAUUUUAGUUGAUGAUAUCAUUAAAUUUGUACCAAUCAAUUUGAAUACACUCUUGGACUACAUUGACCUCAGUGACUAAAGAAACCAAAAUAAUCAAGUAAAUAAGAUUUUAGUUAUAUACACAUACACACACACACACUUUAUUUGUAUUCACAUCACACGAAUAAAAUAUGAACAACAACAACAACAACAACAACCAAGCAGAAAAAACACGUUACUUUUAAUGAAUUAUGACUUACAAUUUGCCAUAUGAAAACAAAAAAAUCAGCAUGAAUAUAAACAUUGCAACAAAAACCGAUAAAAAAAACGAACAAAAUCAUUGUAUUAAAUAUCGUUAAUCGUUAAUGAUAGAUGGUGCAAGAGUACAUAUUCAGACACAGGACUCAAGAGCCAUUGAUAUCCCAGUUUGAAUGGUUCAAACAUAGUAAAACAGGUGUGACCAUCAACAACAACAAAAAACAUCGUGUGAAAUUGUAUUCGCUUUCAAUGGGAAGAAACAAGAAAAAAAAAUGAAGAAAAAAAACAAAAACAAAAACGAUGAUAAAAUCAAUUUUUGUUAGUUUGCUGGAGAAUCACACGAAUUCGAGCCAUUCAUAAAGGUUUCAUAAUUUUGUAACGCCGGUUUGUGUCAGAGUACACACAAUAGAAUGGAUUUUUUAUUUUCAUUUUUCAGAACUUUCAUAGGGAGAGAGAGAGAGAGAGAGAGAGAGAGAGAUCGUAAUGAUAUCAAUCGAAUUUAAAAUGCUAAGCUCUAUCCAAACAAACGAUCUGUUCCCUAUUUCUCUCUGUCUUCGGUAACCGAAUACCGAAUCGGUAUUCAACAACGUGUAUUUCACACGUAAAGGCUUUACUAUGAAGCUUGAACCAUUUAUCCGACAAACAUUCAACAAGACAAUUCAAAUGAUGCUAAUAAUUUCCUUUCAACCCGAUGUAAAAUUCAACAAGAACAACUACACUUGAGAACUGGAUGCGUGAUUGAAACAUUUAUUACAAUGAGCUUAACAUAUAUGAAUGAACGAUUGAAAACGAACGACUCACAAAUUUAUCAGUUCAUUUUUUUUUUUUAAACAAAUUUUAAAUGAAUAAGUGUUCCAUAUGAAAUGAAAAUAGUUAGUAAAUUCUGAAAAUACUUUUAAAAUUAAUGAAAAAAAAAGGAUGAGAACAAUGUAUGAACAAGUUCUAUUGAAAAGCACGGUGCACACAGUUUACUUGGAUGUUGGAUUUUGUGGGUUCGAGCAAAAAGAAAAUAGAAAGAGGAAGCGAAGAAAAAAGGAUGACGACAGGAAAAGAGAAGAAGGGAAGUUGGUUGAUGGAGUUGAGAAGAUUGUGAGCUGCGAAAUCCAUGAAAGUUAACACAGACAUUCACUCAAUCCAUGAAUUUCGGAAAACAAUACCAUUUACCAGGGAAAAAGAGUUCGAUCCGCGAGAAAAAAAAUAUAUUUGAAGAAGCCCGAAAGUGCCAAAUUCAUUAGAAGUUCUUUGGCAUACGACUCGCGAUUUUGUAAGUAUAUGCUAUGCAAAUUAUUUAACAGAGCAAGUAGUGUGCACUGUGCGUAUAAAGCAUUACAAAAAUGAAUUUCCAGUGAGAAAAAAAAGCAUGUCUUUACUAAACAAAGAAGAAAGGAAUGAUUUUUUGCACGAUAUAAUGUAGUGUUUUAUUAUUAGUUGUUAUUGAAUUCCAUACAAACACACGAAGAAUGAAGAAGAACUACGGUCGAAAGGAAAUACAACUUCUUGCCGUAGUCGAAAAGAGGAGAAAAAAAGAAUAAUAAAAAUGUGUAAAAGGUUUCAGAGUGUCAUAUUCAAAUGACACCCAAUUAUCACACGGAAAAUCAAAGUCACAGCCAAAUCAAUCCACCACAAUUUGUUAUGUCAUCGUAUUAGUAAUCGUAAAACAAACAAAUCAGUUAUUACACAGUAGAUGCUUGGAAAAUAUAUAAACGCGAACGGGAAUUCAUCAAAUUCCCACUUACACUAAGUGUUUUUUUUUUAGGUUUGGAUGUACUAUUUUUGAAUCUCUUCUCUUUUUCAAAUACGGCGUACGUUUAAGUGGCAGUCACAUUUCCCAAGAGAGCUACAUAUUAAUUUAGGUUUUGGGUUAAUUUUUUUUUUUGGUCUUUUGUGGAUGUACGUAUACAUCAAAAUUAUCUAUUUGUGCAGAACAAACAGUUAGAUUCCAUUCGUUUUCGCCAUUUUCCAGCCGGUUUCAUGGUAGCAUCCUCUGUCCAUCCUUGAGUCAAGAUACUUGAGAAAACUUUUUCAAUUCAGUUUUUUCACCCAGCCUGUUAGUGUUCUUUUUCAUAUUAAAUAGAUUUUAAAUUGUGGCUGAGAGCUAAUAAAUGGGAGAGCUAUUCAAUGUGCUUUCACUUCAAGAGCACUCCUAUGAUUGGAGUCGGUCAUAUCGGUGCACGGUUCAACGCUUUCGGUAUGGGAUAAAAUGUGAAAGUGGAUUUUGUCUAGGGUAAAAACUGUCGGCGAUGCAAAAUGAGUAGCAACAAAAAAGUUCAAUCGACUCACCCUAGUAAAUGUCGUCAUGUGCACCGGUAUGACUCCCAAUCUUCAAGCUAUCAAGAUAGAUUCUAGAUUAAGAUUAUAUUGGUAACUAGUAAAGUAUUAAUUUCCGUUCUUCAAAGUGUUCUUUUCUAAACGCUAUUGCGUUCAAUUAAUUAAUCCUCAUCCUAAAUGUUCAUAAAUUUUAGUGUGCCAUUAACAUUUAGUUUAAUUUCUGUGAGUAGAAAUACCGGAUCUCAACCAAUAUUGCCAGUCAUUUUGCAAAUGAUGAAUGCUAUCGGUUAUUUAAAAUGUGAUCACGCGUCAAGGGGAUGGACACCAAUGCUAAUAUUCUAUUUUCGUGCUAAUUUCGCUAAUUUUUUCUAGUUUACUAUUUUCCAUAAGAAACACACUGUGUCUAAUGCAUUUUAAAUAGAGAUUUGUACCUCCAUAAGAAAUGUAUUGAAACAAUGUAAAUCAAAUGGCAAUUUUAUUUUUGGUGAUUUUGGUGAACACACAAAGUGUUUGUAAACAAAUUCUACAUCUGAAAUACAUUGUUUCUAUGUAAUUCUUAUGCGAGAGCGUUGCCCAUAAGGAAUACACAGCACUGUACAUUAGUUAUGGAAGAGCGCCGCUGUAGAUUAACGGUACUGUGUGCAUAAGAAGUGUACGGUGCUGUGUAUCUCUUAUGGGAAACGCUCUCGUAUAAGAAUUACAUAGGAACAAUGUAUUUUAGAUGUAGAAUUUGUUUACAAAUAUUCAAAAAUCAACAAAAAUAAAAUUGCCAUUUGAUUUACAUUGUUUCAAUACAUUCCUUAUGGAGGUGAAAAUCUCCAUUUGCAUUGAACCAAUAUAUUUCAAAUGGGCAGUUGUAUUUCCUCUAAUAUUUCAUUUUUUUUGUUGCUAAUUUUACUAAUAUUUCACUAGUUUUCUAAUGGUGUCGAUCCCUUUGUCACGCGUUGAGACACACCAGAUCUUGGGCAGAGACACGAGUAACGGCGUUCCGCAAAAUUGAUUGUGUGACACCGGCAACCUUUUUAUUUGUCAGUUUUCAAAGAUUCUACUGUAAAAAAUAACGAAAAGAAGAAAAUGCUAAGCGAAACGAACAAAGAAAACCAUCUAACUAAACGAUGACAAUAAUAAGGUAAACAGAUUUUAACUGGAUGGAGAAGAUAGAGAGAGAGAGAGAGAGAAAGCGAGAGAGCGCGAGCGCGAGCGAGUGAGAUUGAGAACGAAAAACAAAGGAGAAAAAAAAAUUGGUUUCACUAAUUUGUAUUUAGUUUUUAUUUCUUAGAAUGAAAAUAUUUGUUGACUUCUGAAAGCUGCGAUUUAAAAUGUAAUUUUUUAAAUUAUAGAAUCUUUUUUAAAAUAAAAGUAGAAGAAGAAGAAAACGGAAAAAAAACUGAUGAACAACAUCGACAAAAUAAAACAAAUGUAAGAAAAGAAGAGGAAGAAAACAAAAACAAACAACAACUACUGAAGAAUAAUGCAAAUUAUCGCAAUCAACGGUUUCAUAAAACGCCAAAUUGUCUAUACAUUUUACUAGUAUUUAUUAUAUAUACAACAACAAAAAAUGGAUGAAAAUAAAGUAAAUGUUUCCACGUAUGGAGAAAAAAGCACUUGAGAUGAGUAUGCCGUGAUUCGGACCAAACGUCUUGUAUCAAUAGCUAAAAUAAGUUUGCAUUUUUUGUAACCGAGAAAUAAACUAAUGAAAUUGUUUCGUCAAGCAGCAUGUGAGUCCCGAAGAAAAACACUUCAAUAGUCAAUAGUCAUAGUUGUAUAACAAUGAGGAUAAAGUUCCUUUUGUAUGCGUUUUUUUUCUCCUGCAUAUAUAUUUGUUUUAGCUAGAAGGGAUACCUGUUUUUUUUUUCGAGGUGUUUCAAUCAAAUCUGGUUUUGAGGUUGUUUCCACAAGACAUUGAGCGGUGACUGGAUUUGAAAUUGUGAAUUUCGUUUGUGCUUGCAGUCAAGUUUUAUCGUUUACCCAUUUAUUUAAUUAACAAAGUGGAUAUUCAUUGAAAAAUGAAUAUAGAAAAAAACAAAGAGCUGUUGUAUAUGACGGAUAGUAACGGAUCUCUUGAGUAUUUCUUUUUUGCAUACGCGGAAGCAAUACAGUGACAAACUAGAUAAGAAAAAUCAUCAUAUAGGGAAUUUAACAUUUAACUAAAAGAAAAAAAGAGAAACAGAGAGAAAGAGAGUCAGAGUGAAAUAAAAACAAAAUAAAAUAUCAAGAUAUAAGGAAACUUGAAAAAAAAAACGAAAAAAAAAUACAUUUAUUGAUUCUUUGUUGUGCCACAAAGCAAUUUGAAUUUUUAUGCACUGAGAAGAAUGCUGAAUUUUAAUCAAUUUGAAUAUAUUAACGUGAACGUUAUUUUGGAACCGUAUUCUCAAAGUCAUCCACACUCUCUCUAUACAUAUACAUACACAACUUAUGGCGGAGGUACAGCAGAUAGGGUAUAAUAUGCAGCAAGUUAAAUGAAAAUGGUGCUCGAUUGCAAAACAAAAAAAGAAAAAUCACCAUAGCAACUCAAAUUUUCUAGAAUUAGUCUGUCCGUUUCUCGGCACACGAGGAGCCCGCACUUUGAAAUAGUGCGUAUACAGUUUCGGUUCUCUCUCAUGUUUCAUUUGAAAAAAAAAAAAAUAAAAAAUUCAAUGUGCAAAUAGAUAGAGUCAAUACACACAAUAUUCCAAUACAUAUUUACACGUAUCAUAUGAUUUACACUCGUACACUUCACAGCUCUUCGUCGGUAAAUAUAUAAGGAAAAAUCAACAAAAAUAGAAAA